AUGCUGCAGUUAAAUAGCCCUUAGUUUAUUAAAUAAUAAAAAAAUACAGCUCAGAACUGCAAUUAAUAAGACAAAUCCAGACUUACAAAUCUUUCGAUUAAGGACGAAGGUUGGGGUAUAGAAAAUAAUGAGGUACAACUGUAGCCCCAAAGUAAACUUCCUGACAAACUCUAGGCAGUAUAUAAAUCUUAUUUAUUAGCUAUGA